UCCCCCAGUUGGCCGCGAGUUUUGGCACCGAACGGUCUACGAAAAUGUGCGAAUUUUCCGCCCGCACUUCCGCUUCCCGCUCUUCCUCCUCCCGCUGCGCCACUACUUGUUAUUAUUUGUGCUGUUAAAUCAGUAAAUCAGUGUGAUAAAAUAUUUACCACUUAAUCGUAGCCAAAUGAUUAGCGUGCAUCAAUAAAGGAGAGGAACGAGGAUAUGCAUUGCGAUUGGUAGAAGUGGUAAGCGAAUGGCACACGUACGGAUAUGAUGAGCUUCACCAUUUCCUUGGCGCUACUGCUCCUGGCAGUUCUGAUCCUGGGCAUCCUGUUCGCCUGCCACUGUCUGGGUCCGAGGGCCGCCAACUGGAUGCGUAUGCGAUCCAGCAAGGAGGAAAAGAUCGGCCUGUCCAACCACAAGCAGAAGCUCUUCCAUGCCAAUGGCUAUAUGGCCAGUAUACAAUCUGGCUCCGAGUUCCUGCUGAGCACCAGCGGCAGCUUCAAGCGCUUCGACACCAUCGACAAGGAGGACUACAAUCGCUCCCAGCAGUCGCAACAGUCGCAACAGUCGCAUCAGUCGCACCAGACGCACCUCUUCCUGAUGAACGGCGGCGGUGCGGUAUCGAUAACCGGCUCAUCCAGUGCCCUCCAGGCCACCACAGCCAUGUGGCAUCUGCCGCGUUCGGGCAUCAAGAUACCACCACCGCCCGAUCGACCAGCACCAUCGCCGAAUAGCGCCGCAGCAGCCGGCAAAACGGUUACCUUCUCCUUGAGCCAGGUCAACGAGGUCACCACGCCCAGCGAGCUGCUGACCACCAACGAUCAGGAGCGUGGCUCCUGCCUGCGCCAAAAUGGUGCAUCUGCUGGAGUUGGUGUGCUGCCGCAGCCACUGGAGGCACCACCGCCGCCACGACUCACCACCUCGACGUCGGUGAACCUGUCGGGCACGGCGAUUCCCAGGCCCAUUGCCAAGCGGCAGGUGUCCCUGCAGCCGGCCAUCAAUGGCGGCGGUGGCCAGCCGGAGCAGCACGUGGUCAACGGCGUGGUGACCCCGACGGAGGGGAGGGCGGGUGAGCGGAAAGCGCCUGCCUUGAAGCGUCGCAACUCCAGCACCAAUCCCUUCCUGUGCGAGUCCACCGAGCAGCUGCCCAGUAAUCCCAUUUCCACCACUGUGGCUUCUCUGGAAAGUAACCACAUUUCUGCAAGUGAAAGUACACCCAUAACUGCUCCAACUGCGCCUGCUGCUGCGGAUGCGCCACCCAUCAGCAUCAGUCACAAUGGCAAUCCCUUCGUGGAGAGCCAAAGCCAAAGCCAAAGCCUGUCCAGCAGACUGCUGAAGCUCCACAACACAACGAAUCCAUUCACGGGCAUCUCGCAGCGCGUCAAGGGUCCGCAUCUGCUGCAGAAGACCAUCUCCGAGGAUUAUCUCUUUCGAAAGUUGGGCGUCAAUGCUCCGAUGGCCAAUGGCAAUGGUACGGUAGCAGCACCAGGAUCGGGAUCAGGUCAUGUGAAUGGCAAUGGCAAUGGCACUUGGUCCUUUGGACGCUCCCUCUUGCGACAGGACUCCACAUUGAGUCUGGGCAUGGGCAUGGGUUUGGGUUUGGGCAGAAGGAAUAGCUCGCAGGUGUCGCUGGAUGCAUCGCAUGCGGGUUCGAUACCUGGCUCCAUGGAUGGCAUCAAUCUGGAGAGGGCCAUCUCCUGCGAUUCGGUAACUUCGGAUUCCACUCUAUUCCUGGAUCAAUUGGAUCAGCCCUACACGCAGAUAACCGGCUAUCUAUGCGUUGGCCUUAACUACGAUCAGAUGAGCAUUAGCAACGAGGGCAUGGAACUGACUGUCAGUGUCCUGGAGGCCAAGGGACUCAUCUGUCCAUUCAGCGUCGAGUCGCUCGACACCUUUGUGCGCAUCUACUUGGUGCCCGAUCAUCCGGGCGCUAUGCAAACCAAGGUGGUCAGGGGAGCAGUGACGCCCAACUACAACGAAAGCUUCGAUUUCUGGCUGCACAAGCGACAGGCGCGUCAUUCGCUCUGGUUUCAUCUCUAUCACAACGGCCCCGCCCACACGCUCAUUGGGGAGGCGGAGAUGGAAAUUGGGGAGAUGCCACGCCCCAUCACCACAUGGAUACCGCUCUCCGAUUCGCGCAAAUGCAACGCCCGCUGGGGCGAGCUGAUGUUCUCCCUCAGCUAUCUGCCCACGGCGGAGCGACUGACCAUUGUGGUGGUCAAGGCACGGAAUCUCAAGCUGGACGGCGAGCAGCCGGCGCCGGAAACCGCGGACACGGUGCACAGCGUCUUCGUCAAGGUCUAUCUGAUGGACAAGGAUCGCAAGGUGCUGAAGAAGCGCACCUCGCUGAAGCGCAAGGAUCGCAGUCCGAUCUUCAACGAAUCGAUGAUCUUCAGUGUGCCGCCACCCAGUCUGACCACCACCCAGCUGCGUGUGACCGUGUUCGGUGUGACCACCAGUGGCGGUGUCACACCAUUGGGACACAUCGUCGCCGGCAGCUGUGCGGUGGGCAAGGGCUUGCGCCACUGGCACCAGAUGCUGUCGUCGCUGAGGAAACCGGUGGCCAUGUGGCAUGUCCUGCGGCGGGCGGUCAAUCAGCCGAUAUUCACGGGCGGCGCCGAGGCGGUGGUGGCCGCCAUGCAAAACACCCUGCAACGCUCCACCGCCAAGCGGAACAGCAUCGUCUAGGAGUCUCGCGGAGAUCACAGGGCGGUACUAGUGGUACUAGUGGUACUGGCGACUCACACCAACGGCGGCUCACAUCAACGGCGAAAUUUUCCGCCUCACUGGCGCUGCAUACAACGCCCCCUUCGGUUGCUGGAAAAACUUUAGAGAGAGAGAAACAGAGAGUAGAACCUUGUGGAAAAUUGCAUUUACCACACUCUAGCCAAGAGACUUUCUUACUUUUCUACUGCUUACCAAGACACACACACACACACACACACACAACCAGAAGUAUUAUCAAUCUGCAGCCAUGUAAUUUAAAAUCUAAAAUCUAAAAUCUAAAAACUAAAAACUAAAAACCCGCACCAAAGGACAAACGAUCCUGUUAACUAGUAACUUAAAUAACCCAAUUUCAGCGCACUAUUGUUAUGAACCGAUCUUUAGUGAACCGAGUGCUAUAUUAUAUUAUAUCGAUCGAACAAAAGCAAAAGAGUCACACACUUGUUGCAAUUUAGCGCAUACAGCGCGCGAAAUAAUUGUAUUGUACUUAAUAUAACAGAAACCUAAAGAUUGGUAGGAGUAAGUAACAAAAAUGAACUGUUUAUCUUACUUGGCUACAUUUCAGUGCUCAUAUUAUUUUCCCAUUCGACAAAGAUGGGAAUCAUCUGCCACUUGGCAGCUCAGAUUUCCCACUUUAACGCACCCAAUGGAAACUGAUAGGUGGAAAUACAAUUAUUUCGCGCGCUGUAUGGCAGUGUGCCUGUUAUAUGUUCGAACUCUGUGGAUAGAUCGUUGUUGAAUUUGAAGCCCAAACGAAAUCAAAACUCGAAACUGAGAAUCGCGAAUCGAGAAGCGGUGAGCCCUUUAAGCAUUGUGAUAUGAUAUAAUAGCGAAUGAAGUGUAUUCAGAGUGCGUCUUUGUCUUUGUGAAGAGCGAAGAAUCGUAACCGCAGAAAAUCAAAGUAUUUACGAUCCAUAGGCGAUCUAUAUAAUAUUAUUAUUGAUGAUAUAUGUAUGUGCUAUAUGUAAUGUUUGUACACAUUUGUGAUUUGUGUUUUUAAUUCGUUCAAAUUUUUGUAGGGCCGCGUGUUUUGUAAUUAGAUUUAGUUGGUUCAAGGAUCAAAACUUUUUUAAACAGAAUUAUAUAUAUAAAUAUAUACACACCGUUAAUACGGACACAUAUAGAUUUCCAUUUAGAGCGAGUUUUGUAUACAGUAAAGGACAAUAACUUUGCAAGCAUUUACCAUAUGAUUCCCAUGUAAAACCCAAGUACUCGUACAUAAUUAUAAUUAUUAAACAUUUGUCAAAGUUUGCCGUUGGCCCGAAAAAUUCAACCAUUAACCAGAUAUUAACAGAUUGUCCGCUCAAACCUUAUAAAUAUAGAUCGUAAUAGAACGCACUCGAAAUCACGAUUAGUCCUUGGCAGUACUUUCCUAGUGGCACCUGUAUUUUGACCAAAAAAAACCUGGCACAUUUCUAGCUCAAGCUUUAAUCAAUGUACUCCUCAAAAUAAUAGAACUCGGUAACGUUUUUUAAAUCACACUUACUAAAUGGAUAUACAUACAUACAUACAAUACAUACAUGAAUACAUGCUAUAUGCAGAGGGACAGUGCGUUUCACAAUUAUGUAUAUGGAGUGAGAUAGUAGAAUGUAUUUUAUUUCGGUUCAAAGAACGCGAUUUCCCAUUUUGACACCUUUGGUGGUGGAUUCGAUUACAUAUCCUAAUUAAAAGUCGGCUGAAUUUGAAAUUAUUUGACAAUCGCCAAAAGGUUUGGCCAUCAUUUGUGCCGAGAUUUUUAGAAAUGUUACUUGUGAAACGCGCUGUACCACAAAUAUAUACAUACAUACAUAUAUAUAUAUUUACACAAACAUAUAUAAAGAAGGCAUUUAAAAGGCAUUAAGUGGAAAGUCCUUUCCCUUUCCCCUCCCCCUCUAGUAUAUAUAAAUCGCAGAGAAUUUUUUUUCUUUUUUUUACGUACUAUUAGCUAAUGAAAUGAUAAAGCUAAACUCGUGUUGAAUUUGUAUUUAUACUGAAAUAUAUACAUAUAUAUGUACACAUAUGUAUAUCUAUAUAUGUACGUGCUAUAUAAGAUAAUGAAUGCUACAAAUUGUUAUACAAGUAAACCGAAAUUGAGUCAAAUAAACGAAUAAAGAUAUUAACGGAA